AUGGUCUUGCUGCGUACCACUGCUCCCGCCCGGGCUGCUUUCCGCGCGGCGAACGUGCUUCGCUCGUCGUCCACCACCGCUCCUUACAACCCUCCGUCGCCAUACUCGGGCGUCUCGUUCCAGCCGCAUCCGCACUCUCUCCCCGUCGAUGGCUUCGUCGGUGCAGUGGGAAACACUCCCCUCAUCCGCAUCAACUCGCUUUCCGACGAGACGGGCUGCGAGGUCCUGGGAAAGGCAGAGUUCAUGAACCCGGGAGGGUCAGUCAAGGACCGAGCGGCGCUGGGACUCGUCAAGUGGGCGGAGAACACGGGACGCAUCAAGCCUGGAGGAACCAUUGUCGAGGGUACCGCCGGCAAUACCGGCAUCGGUCUCGCUCACGUCUGCCGCGCAAAGGGCUACAAGUGUGUCAUCUACAUGCCGAAUACGCAAAGUCAGGAGAAGAUCGACUUGCUGAGGAUGCUCGGUGCCGAGGUCUACCCUGUCCCUGCUGUCGCUUUCGAGAACCCCGAGAACUACAACCACCAGGCGCGAAGACAUGCUGAGCGUCUCGAUAAUGCGGCGUGGGUCAACCAGUUCGACAACUUUGAGGGCAACCGUGCCGCGCACAUUCACACGACCGGACCCGAGAUCUACGCCCAGACCGAGCAUCUGCCCGGCGGCUUGACGGCCUUCAUCUGCGCGACAGGAACAGGCGGCACGCUUGCUGGCGUUACGCGAGCAUUGAAGGACCUGAGCGGGGGCAAGAUUCAGUGCUGGCUGGCGGACCCGCCCGGGAGCGUGUUGGAGAGCUUUAUCAACCGCGGCGUGAUGGAAAGGGGUGGCGGGUCGAUUACGGAGGGUAUCGGCCAGGGCCGUGUCACCGACAAUCUCGCACAGGACAUUAAGCUCCUUGACGGCGCCUUGCACAUCCCCGACGCCGACACGAUCCGGAUGAUCUAUCACCUUCUUGACAAGGAUGGCUUGUACGUCGGCGCAUCAACUGCGCUCAACGUCGUUGCGGCUAAGCAGCUCGCCGUCAAGUUGGGCAAGGGUAGUCGUGUGGUCACAAUCCUGUGCGACGGCGCUUACAGGUACCAAUCACGCCUCUUCUCGAAGAAGUGGCUCGAGUCGAAGAACCUCUACCAGGAGCUGCCAGAGCACCUGCAGAAAUACGCUGUCCUUCCCUAG